AUGGUAGGCAGCAACCUUCACGACUGGCCCACAAUAUGUCUAUGCCUCCUCUACAGCGCACUUGUCAGCUCAGCCAUCUGCAACAGCGACGCGUACGGUAGCCCGAGUAUCGAUGAUUGCAACCGGGCCAUCUCCAAGAUCCCAUUCGCUCAGGCAGCACCCCGGAACAUCAAAGGUCAGCGGCCGAGGAAUUUUGCAGAGCCGCAAUUCAUGCAGCCUACGUUUGGUGGUAUCAGUAAUGACCAUCGACCCGAUGCGAUUGUGCAGUCGCCAAAGAUCUGGAAGCAUAACUCCUGUCGCAUCGCUCUUAUGAGCGAAGCUCGCCCCAUGGCAAUCAAAGUGCUAGAUCCGCAAUUUGCCGCAAGCUGGCACAUCGUCAAAGAACAGUUCAGCCAUUUUAGGAACUGCUUUGCCGGUGGAAUCGCCAAAGGGGGGUAUGCACCGCUAACACUACGUGGCCGAUCCCACGUUGCAGCGCUAUACAUGUACACGAGCGAUUCGCCAUUCAAUCUCGCAUGGAUGAGUAGCUACACGUCGAUAGGAUUCCCCGUGGAGCCUGUCAAGCAGCCGAGCGGGAUCGGGUCGUUGAACAAUAGCUCCCAGACAAGCCAGCUUGGCACGCUUGGCGACAGGCUCAGAGAUCAAGAGAUGACGACCCUACGGACCUCUCUCCAAGCAAACUAUAACAACACCCUCCAUCUCAAAGCCAUGCCUCGCCCUCGCCGAAGCCGUACAAAUGGCCAUGCCCGUCCCAACGGUCUUUGCAUCCACAUCAUUACCUACGGCAACUCACGCGGUCGCCCCCCAAUCCCCAUGCCCAAGCUCAUGCAUCUCGACUGUUCCCGUGCCCAAGCGCCACCAGAGCAUCUCCAGCUCAAUCGCACAGGAGUCGACCGAGAAGUUUUCGACUACUUCUUUUCGAAUCCAGUACACGAAAGGAUUUUCCAGAAGGCCUUGGAUCACCUCGAGGGUUUACAUGCUGCAAACGAGGGGUUGAUGCUUCAUGCAAGCGGUAAGCCUUAUGCCGCGGACCCACCUUUGGACGUUCCGACCAAUGAGGGGCGGACUCCACUGAUAUACGCUUGCCAAAGUGGUGAACAAUUACUGGCGAAGAAACUCAUAAAUCACGGUGCAAACAUUCAGGCGGUCGACAAACUUGGGUUAACGCCUUUGCACUGGGCAGCGUAUUGUGGAAAGGCCGAGAUGAUUUCUCCGUUACUUGCUAACGGCGCUGCGCUUGAAGCGCAAACCCCAGAAUCACUGAGUCGUACACCACUCCACCAAGCUGUUCGUAGUCUAUCUGACUCCUCUGAUACUGUUGAACAACUGUUACUGGCCGGUGCAGACAAGGAAGCUAGAAGUCAGUAUUGCUGGCGAACGCCUUUACAAUUGGCUGUCAAGAGCAAUAACAAGGCUUGCGUCACUCAUCUUCUGAAACCUGGUGCUAACAUCGAUGCUUCGGAUACAGAUGGGUAUACAUCUCUUCACGAUGCCGCGCGGCGAGGCCAGCUUGAGAUUGUAGAGGCGCUUCUUGAUCACGGCGCCAAUCCUACAAUUAAGACAAGCAGGUUACUGGGUACAAAACCUUCGGGUGUCGCUAAGGAUAGUGACGUACCGACAGCUCAAAAGGAAAAGAUCAGGACGCUGCUCAAGGAAGCCGAGAAGGCCUGGAAACGGUCUGGUAGAAAGGAGGAGCGCCACUUAUGGAUACGUUGA